GGACGUAUUUAUUACGUAAACAAAAACACCAAAAUAUUACGUAAUAUACUUACGUUAUCUUUCGGUCGCAAUAACGUCAUGUUUUUAUGUGAUAAAAUAAAUUCUAAAACUUCUGAUUAUUGUAUCAAAAUUCAAAAUUCGUGAAAAUAAAUUGAUUUGAUUCAAAUCUAAUGACACGAAAGAGUAAGUACAAGAAACAAUACCUGAAAACGGCAACAUCUUACACGCGCAUUGAAGCAAGCUGGCAUCGUGGCACCUUUUACGCAUUCGCGCCAUUCCAAUGUAAUGUUAGGUUAGGGUGUUGAUGUGAAUCACGUUUUAUUGCGGUAAUCAUAAUUAGAUUGCAAAGGUAAAUGUAAAAUAUUUGAUAAGUAUGUUAGUUAAUUAAUUUACGUACAAUAUGACCAUUUGCCUCGAUUAUUAUUUGCAGGGCGAAAUGUUUUCAUUAGUGGAAUUUGCAGAGGAGUCUGGAGGAGGCUUGGCCAUUAUUCGGACAGAGUGGUUUACCCCUCGCAAACAAGAAGCGUUUUGGCCACCUACUAAACAGUCAAAAACAUUUGAAAAGGUUCUUCUAAAUGAAGAUCAAGUAAUCGACAACAAGUGGAAGCUUUGUUUCGUUCGGCGCACCUUAUUUGAGUCAGACGAUUAUGAACGUGUAAAAAGGAAGUUACCGAGGGCCGAAUAUACUUCUGAUCUACAAAGUAGUGAGGCUGAGGUUGGAAGUCAAGGUGAUGCAGACCAAGAUAAAUUUCAAAAAAGGAAACGUGCACCUUCUCGUAGACUACUUUCAAGUAGUAGUGACGAAGAACAAACUUCAAAGUUUCCUCGGCCACCUACUCUUAACUUAAACAAACAAAUAGUAAGACAUGUACCAUCUCCAAGGCAAUUAGAGAUCUGCGAACCUGUUCCUGAUCUGAGUAGUGAACAAUCCAUAGCUUCUACGUCACAAUCUUCACACAAUGACAACAAUACAACUCUAGCUUCUUGUUUAUCUCUUCAAAAAAAAUUAGUCAAUGAUAUUAUUUUUAUCAAAGAACAAAACAAAUUAAUAAUAGAAUUGCUGCGACAGCAAAAAUUGACCCAAGAGAAAAUCCAAUUUGAAAAUGCUCUACCGGCAAAUUUUCCUGUAAAGUUGCCGGUCAAUGCUGAACAAGAAAUUCAGCUAUUGGAACAGUAUUUGACAAUACAGGACAAUUACGAUUUACUGCGUUGCCAUUUAUCUACAUUUGGUGGAAAAAAUAUUAAUGACACCACUUCUAAUAUAUUAAAGAGAGUCAUAAACGAUAGUGUGGCAUGUAGUUACAAUUAUCUGGGCACUAGGUCUAAUAAAAAGCCAUUUUCUCAACUAUCUUUAAAAAAGGUCGUUGUUGAUGCAGUAAAAGCAAAGCAACCACAGGCUGUUGAGUGUGACAUCGAACAAGUAAUAAAGGGGUGGUUGAAGCAUGCACCCCAACGUUGCAAGCUUAAAAAAAGUAAGGAUACUGUUGAAUCUAACACUUAAGCUGUAUUUUUUAACCUCAUCAAGUACCUAUGUAAAAAUCGUACCUUAAGAUUUACAUUUAGUUUAAUUUAUACUUAAUAAUGUUAAAACGACGUAAAGGUAGUGUUGGAAAAAGGCAGAUGUAUAGGCGAAUUGCAAACGAAUUUAAGGUAGCCCUGCUGACAGAUAGUACUUCAGUACAACAAAGUCUUUCAAAAGUACAAAAUAAACUGAAUUCUUCCGAUUGUCAGAGAGAUCAGGAACAUUUGUCUGUAACAACUGAUUUUGAUCUCUCAAGUUCACCUAUCGAACACAGUUCACUUAUGUGCGAACUUCAAGAGAACAGUGAUUUAGGGAUCAACAGUUCCAAUAACAUUGACUUUGUUACUACAAACGGUUUAUUGGAUGAUCAAAAUACUUUCCAAACUCAAAUUAUAGAGGAUAAUAUGCAAAGUAAUAAUGACAAUAGAGAUUCCUGUUCAAUGCAUUCUAAUGUUGAUUCUAAUAAUAUAAAUUCAAAGUUAAGACUGUGGGCUACUCAACAUCAUAUAACACACUCUGCAAUAAACGAUCUUUUAAAAAUUUUAGCUCCACACCAUAGUGAAUUACCACUUUGUAGUAAAACUCUAUUAGCUACCCCCUUAAGAACAACUACCACUAGGAAUUUUGUAAAUGGUGAAUACUGUCACUUGGGGUUAGUUGAAGGCUUGAAAAAACAAAUUGUGAAACAUAAUUGCCAUAAUUUAAUACCAACUUCUUUGGCAUUAAAUUUUAACAUUGACGGAAUACCUUUAUUUAAGAGUAAUCGCAUGCAAUUGUGGCCUAUACUAUGUAGUAUCUUUAAAUUUGAAAAUGACCCCUUUGCUGUGGGAAUAUUUGCAGGUAGUUCAAAACCCACUCCUAUUGAAGAAUACUUGGAAAAUUUUGUCAGUGAAUUAAAG